AUGAUCGAAGACAUUAGCGCCAGAGACCGUCACCGCCACCUACUGUCCAUCAUGAACUCCUCCGAGGACUUUGUCAUUGAGCCCGCGGCCAUCAAGGAGCUGCAGCUCAUCGAGGCAUCCCUCAGCGAUGUCGACACUGAGAUCACGGCCAAGCAGUACCUGAUGGCCAAGGACAUCCUGGCCGCACGUCAGAACACAAUCUCCAAGAUCCCCGGCUUCUGGGCCGUCGUCUUCGACCACGCUAGCAGCGAGCUCGAGGCCGCCAUCACCGGUGUUGACCUGGAGGUCUUUGCCAACGCCCUGAAGGGUGUCGAGGUCGGCCGCCCCGAGAUCCCCGCCUCUGCUUCCGUCAGCGACGUCGGCCUGGACAAGUUUGGCGAGCCUCGCAGCGUCACCAUCCGCUUCCACUUCGGCGAGAACAAGUGGUUCUCCGACUCGCUGCUCGAGAAGACCUUCUGGUACCGCUACGGCAAGGACGGCUCCGCAGGCCUGGUCUCUGACCCCGUGCGUGUCAACUGGAAGCAGGGCCAGGAUUUGACCGAGGGUCUGACGGACGCCGCCUACGCCUUCUGGGCCGCCCAGAAGCAGAACCCCGCCCAGCAGCUCGACGGCAUCGUCACCGGUGACGCCCGCAAGAGCCGUGACGCUGCCGCGCGUGAGAUGCCCGAGUACAAGGCGCUCGCCGAAAGACUCGAGGCUGCCACCAACGGCGCCGUCUCCUUCUUCAACUUCUUCAGCUACCGUGGCAGGUGGACCAGCGCCGCCGAGAGCGUUGAGGCCAAGGCGGAGCUGCUGGCCAAGAGACAGGCUGCGCUGAGCGGUAACGCCCAGGAUUCGGACGACGAGGAUGACGAGGACGAAGACUUUCCCGAAGAGGAUGUGGAAACGUUCCCCGCCGGUCACGAGGUCGCAGUGUCCAUUGCGGAGGAUAUCUGGCCCUCGGCAAUCGAUUAUUUCAUGGCGGAUACAAUUGACUCGGAUUCAGAAUUAGACGGGCUUCAAGUGGACGACAGUGACGAGGAUGACGACGACGUGGAAAUGUCGUAG